AUGACUUCACAAGCCUCCAACGCAUCAAUUAAGAAAGAAGAAGUUAAUGGUGUUCCAUUUCCACCAAUUCCAAAGACCUCUUCAACUAUGGAAUCUGAUGGAAUUGAAAAUCAAACUGGUGACAUUAUUGAACCACCACAAAUUAAAUCUGAGCAAGAAGAUGAAUUACCAACAACACAAGCUUUAGAUUUAGAUAUAUCUAAUCAACUGGGUUCGAUGAAAUUAAACGAAGGACAAAUUUUACCAGAUCAACCAGAUAUUAAGAUUAUUAAUCGUCAAAUUAAUGGUUAUGUUGGAUUUGCUAAUUUACCAAAACAGUGGCAUAGAAAAUCUAUUAAGAACGGUUUUACACUAAAUUUAUUAUGUGUUGGUAAAGGAGGUCUCGGUAAGACCACUUUAAUUAAUUCUUUAUUUAAUGAAAAUUUGGAUAUUAAAGAUAAUAAUAAUAUAAUACCAGAAAGACCAUUAGAUCUUGCUAAUGAAGAUGAAAAUGGUAAUGAAGCUGAUGAAGGUUUACAUUCAAAUGUUAGGAUUGAAACUAUCACUAGGACAAUUGAAGAAAAUGGUGUAAGAUUAAAAUUAACUGUUGUUGAUGCACCAGGGUUUGGUGAUGCUAUUGAUAAUACUAAUGCUUGGGAACCAAUCAUUAAAGAAAUUAAUUCAAGAUAUGAUCAAUAUUUAGAUUCUGAAAACAAAAUUAACAGAAAUUUAAAUGAUGAUAACAGAAUUCAUGCUUGUUUAUAUUUUAUCGAACCAACUGCACAUUGGUUAAAACCAAUUGAUUUAGAAUUUUGUUCGGUAAUUCAUGAAAAAUGUAAUUUAAUCCCAGUUAUUGCUAAAUCAGAUAUUUUAACAGAUGAUGAGAUUAUUACAUUUAAGGAAAGAAUUAAUAAACAAUUUGCUGAAAAAAAUAUUCAAACUUUUAAACCACCAAUUUAUAAAUUAGAUGAUAAAGAAACCAUUGAUGUUGCUAAUAAAUUAUAUGAAAGUUUACCUUAUGCUGUUGUAGGUUCUAAUGAUUUUGUUACUGAUCCAACUAAUCCAGAGAAAACUGUAAGAGGUCGUGAAUAUCCAUGGGGUAUUAUUGAAGUUGAAAAUGAAUCUCAAUCCGAUUUCAUGUUAUUGCGUGAUUUAUUAAUUAAACAAUAUUUGGAAGAAUUACAUGAAAGAACUAAUAACGUUUUAUAUGAAAAUUAUAGAUCAGAGAAAUUAAUUAAUUUAGGUAUUAAACAAGAUAAUUCUGUAUUCAAAGAAUUUGAUCCAAAUAUGAGACAAGAGGAAGAAAAGAAAUUGCAUGAAGCUAAAUUGGCUAAAUUGGAAGCAGAAAUGAAGAAUGUUUUCCAAUUAAAGGUAUCAGAAAAGGAGAAAAAAUUACAAAAAUCAGAAACUGAAUUAUUUGCAAGACAUAAAGAGAUGAAGGAUAAACUAACGAAGCAAUUGAAGGCUCUAGAAGAAAAGAAACAUCAACUUGAAAUGUCUAUACAGAGUCAAGCACAAUCUUCACCUGCUCAACCAAAGAAGAAAGGUUUCCUAAGGUGA